AUGAAUCAGUAUCAAAAUGAAGUAUAUGAAUCGUCAUCUCCUGCACCUUCACUGACAGAUGAUCAAUGCUCUUUAAUUGAUGAAGGUUAUUGGCAUGAUAACGAUUUGAUAUUGGCCGCUGAAUUGGGUAAAGCUCUUCUUGAUAGAAAUCGAAAAUUAGAAUUAGCUUUAGAAAAAUCAAAAAGUAUUGAACAAGAAAAAGAUGCUGAAAUUGAAUUUCUUAUAAAAGAAAUUACUAAUCUUCGUGAGUUAAGUCAACGUAAAAUGGAAUUUGUUGAUGAAGCUGAUAGAUAUAAUCAAGAAUUGGAUAAUAAUAAUCGUCAAUUGAUGCGUAAAAUUUCCGAAGAUCAACAAAAGAUUCAGCGAUUAUCAAAUACAAUAGCCAUGUUAGAAGAACAAAUUGCUGGAUUAAUGGAACGAUUAAAAAAAUACGAUAAUCAAUCACUGAUGAAAGGAACAGAAAUAAUCCAAUCAAAUUUUUCUUCUUCCACUUCAUCUCCAACUUCUACACCUUUACCAACUUAUCGACGACAUUUAUUACAAAAAAGCUCACCGACGUCUUCACCAUCAACAAUUAUAUCAUCAACUAAGAAAAUAAAUACAACUCUUAGGCCUAUUAAUACUAAAAAUUAUAAUAAUAAUAACGUUGACGUAUUAUCUUUAAAAAAUCUACAUAGAUCAACUAUUUUAAGUAAAAAUUAUGGCGGAUAUUUUCAAGAGAAAAUGAAAUCGAAACCAAUGUACAAUCAUUAUAAUAACAGAAGUAAAACUAAUCAAUAUAGUAGCACUUCGUUUCCAGGUUAUCGUGAAAAGGGUGGUUUAUUCUUUAUUGAUGAUGAAUUAUUCGAUCAACCAGAUAUUGGUGUUGCUUCUAGUAAUAAUAAUAAUAGUAUUCUUGGUGCUGGUAAUCAACUGAAAUUAUUACGAACAAAUUCUAAAUCCUCAUCCAUUUCACAAUUAACAUCUGAAAAAUCUUCAUAUGCACAAUUAUCACCAUCUAAUUUAUGUAAUAAAAUGCCUUGGAUGUUGAUGAUCAAUUCGAAGAUGACAAAUGAACAAAAAUGUACACUAUUAACUAAUCAUGAUGAUGAUGAUAAUAUUAAUGAUACAUUGAAUAUAUCUUCAAUGUUACAUCGUACAUUUAGUUGGCCUCAUUUAAAUAAAAUGUUGUUUAAUUGUGAUGAUCAUACUGACUUAUUUUGUAAUUUGGCAAAUUAUGAUCAUUCUUCACAAUAUACAUUAAAUCCUAAUAUGAAUGAUAAUUUAAUAGAUGGGAAAGAUAAUCAUGAUACAUCAAUUUCUUCAAUUAGUAACGAUUAUCAUUGUGAAGCAUUUUCUAAUGGAAAUCAAGUUAAUCCAUCAUCAGAAUCUAUGGGAUUAUCAAAUUCUCUAGUCAUUACAGAAUCUGAAGUUAAUCGGCCUAGCAGUCGUUCGUCUACACCAUCUCCAUCACAACACAAUCAUCAACAGAUACUGACUAGUGAUCUUAACAAUACUAAUAAUAAUGAAUCAAAUGAAAAAGAAAAUUCUUUUAUCACUGAAUUCAUUGAAAGUAAUUUAACAGAAACAAAAACAAAUAGAACCAAUGAUAAAUUGAAACCAAGAAUAUCUGAUCAAAUUAAUGAUUUAUUAGAUGAUAUUCAUUUUGUUAGUUAUUUAGAUCGUAUUUAUAAUCCCUAUAUACGUUCACAAUAUCAUGAUUUAAUUCAUUUAGAUUAUAAACCAGCUUAUAGGCAAUUAUUUCAUGAAACAUUUAAUUUAUUAAAAAAUGUACGUAAUAUAGAUAAUCAGAUCAAAUAA